AUGUGGUGUGUGAGAGCGCCGCCGCUGACCCCUGCAGGCGUGCCGGCGCCGCGUACACCUGCAGCUGCUGCCCUGCCGCCUCGCAGCUCGCCACACGCAGCCGACCUGCCAGCUCCGUCUGAUCGGCCAAUUACACCUGUCUGGCAGCGCCUCGGUACUGCUUCUGCCUUCCACGGCUGCGUUAGUGGACGCCUGCCGCCCGCGGCGGUAACGGUAAGCCAGCGGCUACGCUGUUCUCCUUCUAGGAAGGCACAAGAAGCGCCGCGCGAUAACCGCCGGCCCGCCUGCCUGCCUGCUGGCCGGACUCGGUCUGGAUCAGCGCCGUUGCGGACCGGACAGGUCUGUGAGGCGCCGCCGAGAAGCGGAGAGGACGCGGAAAGGCAGCAGCGGAUGGGCGUGGCCGUGGCGCCGACCUGCUUCCCGCACGCACGUCUGUCUCUGCCGCCGCCGCCGCCGCAUGGCACGCAAUUAGCAGUCGAUAAAGGAAAGCGCUUUUUGCGGCGGCCGGCCGCAUGCAAGUUCUCCCGAAACGUUCAGCGGCGCGGCGGUCGUGAUGUGGAACGAGGUCGCGCCGACCGCGGCCGUGAGAAAGUCCGCCUCUAUCAGCCCGGCGCGGCGACUCCGGCGCCAUUAGCGCGUCGCUUCCGGCCGGGCCAGCAGGCUCCCACGCGGCCUUGCGGCGGCGCCGGUCCUCUGGGGAGACAGCAGACAGCGCUGUCCGUCAAGGCGAGCGCUCGGCGGCCGCCUCCGCUGUCGCCGCUUCCGCCGCCGGCCACGCGACGGCUUCCGGGCCGCGCCGCUGACGGACGGCGCCAACAGCCGCUGCCUGCGCCCCUGCGUGACCGGCCUACCUUACCGCGCCGCGCCGCGCCGCCCUGUCCCCCCUGCGUCUCGUUCUCCACGUUAUCACUACGAGCAAAUAGUUCGAAACGUUCCUCCGUCGCCCGCAUCUCGUGGUCGUGCGUUUGUCGCGGGCCGCGGCGCGCUGUUCGGAAAACACGGCUGAAUAUUUCACGGCCGGGGAUUGCGGCCCGGGUCGAUCCCGGCGCGUGUCCGAGCGCCGAGCCGCUGCCCGCGCCAAGAAGCGACCCGGCCGGUUGCGAGCAGCCGGUGCCGACCGCCGACCGCCGACCGCCGACUGCCCACCCGCGGACGCUGGCCGGAGUGCGGGACGCACCGCAGCGGCCCGCGAUGACCCACUUCUGCCGCGCCGGUCCCGUCCCCAGCGCAUACGGAGACAGGAAUCCAAGGCACUUUAAAGUCGAGCACCUUGCACCUCCUCCUCAAAAUAAUUUUCACGUGGCGCCGCCGUCGCCGCCGCCGCACUGCACCUCCAGUAGAGCACUCGGCGCCGCCUGCGAGAGGUGGCCGUCUCACUUUCUCCGGCGGCGCGGCGCGGCUCGCUGGGCCAUUUCUCCAUUAUUAAGGCGCGCCCGCCGCGGCGCUUGGCGCUCCUUUGUUUGGACGCCCGGUAAUCAUAGCUUCGCAUGA